AUGGUGGUGGUGGUGAAUAUGGUGGUGGUCAACAGUGUAGUAGUUAAUUCAACAGCUGUAUUCCUUGACUGUGCUGUGUGUAUAUAUCUGUAUUCCUUGACUGUGCUGUGUGUAUAUUGCUGUGUGUAUAUAGCUGUGUAUAUAUCUGUAUUCCUUGACUGUGCUGUUAGUUAUGGAUCUCCAGGGGUGGAGUUUACAGGACUACACAGAGACGCUGCAGCCGUAGCGCAGAUACACUUCCUCCAAGGACAGGGCCGUCUGUUGUCGCUGCUUGAUGACAACACGCUGCACCUGUGGGAGCUGGGCGGCGCUUCCCGGGACAGGGGAGGGGCUAAGAGCGAGGGUGUGGUCUACCUGGAAGAAAAACGCAACUACAGUCUCCUGGGACGACCUGGACUAGAGAGCUGCAGUGCAAGCCGUGUGACAGUUCUGCUGUUGUUGAGGUCAUGUGACCUGCUGUGUGUCGGCACCGAGGGAGGGGGCAUACACUUCCUGGAUCUGCCACGCCUCUCGUUGAGGGAUAACCAAUCACUCCUGCUGGACCAGGUGAUGCAGAGCGUACCUGAGGACUACAGGUGUGGGAAGUCUCUGGGACCGGUGGAGUCGUUACAGGAACACCCCAAGCAGCCAGGGAAGAUUCUGAUUGGCUACAGCAGAGGCCUGGUCGUCCUAUGGGAUCUCAGCACCUGCAACGCAGAACACAUGUUCCUGGGAAAACAGCAGCUGGAGUCCCUGGUGUGGGAACGUUCCGGUAGCUCCUUCGUCAGUUCCCAUAGCGACGGGGGGUACAGCGUGUGGGCUGUUGCCAGUGGUAACACGUACACACACCAGCCCGUGUCCUCGUCCAUCCCCUAUGGUCCGUUCCCUUGUAAAGCCAUCAACAAGAUCUUAUGGAGGACGAUUCAGUCAGGGUGUCCAGUAGUCCUCUACAGUGGAGGAAUGCCCAGGGCCAGUUAUGGAGACCGUCACUGUGUGACCAUCCAACAGGACAAACAACACGUCACUCUAGACUUCACAUCCAGAGUUAUAGACUUCUUCACCGUCCACACCACUGACCCGGAGCACGACUAUGAUGAUCCUAAAGCCCUCGUGGUGCUACUGGAGGAGGAGCUGGUUGUAAUAGACCUCCUGACCACCGGGUGGCCCUCUGUCCCUCCUCCCUACCUGGCUCCGCUCCACUCCUCCGCCAUCACCACAUCCUGUCACCUGGACAACGUCCCUGCCAAGCUCUGGGACCGCCUGGCCGCCGCCGGGAACAGCCAGGGCGUUCAGCCUGGAGUGAGACACACACACGGGGUGAGACACGCACACGGGAGUUGGCCGAUAUGUGGAGGGAAGAAUCUAGCGCCCCCGCCCAGACAACAGGAGUUGCUGCUGACGGGGCAUGAGGACGGUACAGUGCGGUUCUGGAAUGUGUCUGCUGUUGCCAUGACUCCUCUCUACAAGCUCAGCACGGCUAACGUCUUCCAUACCGACUGUGACCCUAACGACGACCCCCUGGACCCUACCAAUGACCCCGAAGCACUGCAAGAGGAGUGGCCUCCCUUCAGGAAGGUGGGCUGUUUUGAUCCGUAUAGUGAUGAUCCUCGCCUGGGGAUCCAGAAGAUCAGUCUGUGUAAAUACAGCUGUAGACUGGUGGUGGCCGGGACAGCUGGACAGGUGAUCGUGCUGGGUCUGAGUGAUGAAUGGUCGGACCACACGGUCGAUGUCUCCACGGUCGACCUGCUUCAGGACCGAGAGGGGUUCACCUGGAAGGGCCAUGAUAGGCUGGAGCCCCGAGCCAGCCCCGCCCCCUUCCCUCCAGGCUUCCAACCAUUGGUCCUGGUGCAGGCCCUGCCCCCAGCCUCUGUUACCUCCGUGAUGCUGCAUGCGGAGUGGAACCUCGUAGCGUUCGGGACGAGUCACGGCUUCGGACUGUUUGACUACCACAGACGCACUGCUGUACUGGCCAGGUGUACCCUGCACCCUAACGACUCCCUAGCGAUGGAGGGUCCUCUCAGCAGAGUGAAGAGUCUGAAGAAGUCUCUCAGACAGAGCUUCAGACGCAUCAGGAAGAGUAGAGUGUCUGGGAAGAAACGCCCCAUCCCCACCCCUACCAGCAAGAUCCAGGAGGCCAACGCAGCGCUAGCUGACCAGGAGGAAGUAGCUCCGGUGCAGAGGAGGAUCGAGCCAAGAUCAGCUGACGACUCUCUAUCAGGAGUGGUGCGAUGCCUCUGUUUCGCUGAUACAUACCUCAGAGACGGUACACACCACGGUCCACACACACACACACCUACUCACAAACAGGGACACUCACCUACUCACACAGGUCCCACACACACACACGUGUUCAGUCUUCCUAAGGUCGGUGCGAAGACCAAGUUCAAGCUGACGGCUCAUGAGGGUUGUCGUGUGCGGAGGGUUGCCAUGGUGACGGUGUGUUCCACAGCCCAGGAGGACUACAGUGAGACCAGUCUGGUCUGUCUGACCAACCUUGGAGACCUGCACCUGUUUAACGUACCUGCCCUACGGCCACAGGUACGUUAUGACUGUAUCCGUAAAGAGGACAUCAGUGGCAUCGCUUCCUGUGUCUUCACAAGGAACGGGCAGGGGUUCUACCUGAUCUCUCCAUCAGAGUACCAGCGUUUCUCCCUGUCAGCUAAAGUCAUCACAGAACCUCUGUGUACUGUGGAGCUGGAGAGACCUCUGGAGACACACAUCAGCGACGACGCAGCCAUACCUCUCCGGGCCAACGGAACUCACCGGAACCAGGCUGAAGGGUUAACCGAGGACCCCCAGUGUGGCCUGUCCUCCCCGCCUCCCCUCUCCCCUCUGGACUCCCCCCUCAGCAUGGCUGACGUCAGCCUGGACACCACCGGAGAACUCACUGUAGAGGACGUCAGGGACUUCCUCACGUAAGAUAUUACAAUAACA